GAAAGGGAAAAGGACGUGUCCCGGCUUAGGCUGUCUGGCAGUGCCCUGCCCUGGGCUUUGCUGGGGCUGCUGGCAUCGGCAGUUUUCCAGUAUGUCCUGUCCCUAUCUACAGUACCAUCUCUGACUGGGACUGAGCUGGGACAAACACACACUACAGGACAGGACAGGCUAGCUCGCUAGCUGGCUAACACCUAGCCUUUGACUGCGAAUGGGUCUGAAUACCCAAUGCCAUCCAUCGCUCUGGAUAAUGUAUAUAUUUUCCUAACUCUUUUUAUUAGGUUUAAACGGGCAAGGAAGAAUACAUUUGGUAAUCAAACGUCUGGCAGUAUGUUUACAGUAGAAUAAUAAUAAUACUGGAGAAUAUAGAGUACACAGACAGACCCAUUCACUGCAGUUGGAAUGUACUGGUCUGGAUGACUUUGGUUGAUGAAUACUUGGACGGUACAAGCUCUCAUGACGUAGGAUUAUUACCGCCUUGUGGAAAUUUAGCGUUUCUAUUGGUCGAGAGGAACUAUGAAUCUGUUACCAGGUUUGUCCGGGUUUUCCAGCAUGUUUGGGAAAAAGAAGAAGAGGCUAGAGAUUUCGGCUCCGUCUAACUUUGAGCACCGGGUCCACACGGGUUUCGAUGAGCGGGAGCAGAAGUUCACGGGUCUGCCCCAGCAAUGGCAGAGUCUCCUGGCAGACACAGCCAACAGACCCAAGCCCAUGGUAGACCCCUCCUAUAUCACACCCAUACAGCUGGCUCCUAUGAAGAUAUCUCCCAAGAAAAUCCGGUCGGCCGAAUCACCCUUGCGAAAAACCAUCGUUCGAGGGAACCGGCCCCCGAAGGACACGUCCAUCAAUGGUCUCCUGGAGGAGUUCGACAGCAUCUCUGUGACACGUUCCAACUCCCUGCGUAAAGAGAGCCUUACGGGCCCCCACCAGGCCGGGUCCGGGGCCCCCAAACCCCCCUCCCACCACCCUCCACACCCCCACCCCAACGCCCCUGAGGAGAACGGCUUCAGCCACUAUUACUCCCGCUACUCCUGUGACCUGGACACCUCCAGCAGGGACUUCUCACUGGAGCCCUACGGGAAGGACGGUAAAGGCUUCGCUCUAGAUGGGGACUGGGCCGUGGGGAGACACUACCGCUUCCCCAAACAGAAUGGCCACCUCACCCACGCCACCCGCGUUCCCUUCUACCCCGAUGCCAUGCCUCAGAAGACCGAUUACGCCAAGCUGCCUCCGGACUACCACACGUACUUGGAGAGCAAGGUGGCGGGGGCGCGCUUGGCCGACGAGGUGGGCUCUGGGUCCGGGGUGGGCAGCGGAGGGGGGUCUGCCGGGUCCACGACAGGGGGGUACUACCGGGCGUCCGUAGGCGGCUCGUCCAGUCAGGACUACCGGGACGCGUCGAUGGUGGGGACGCCGUCUCGCACCUCGCUGCACAGCGAGCAAAUCAACUACCCAGACAGCGAGUGGAGCCACAGCGGCGUGUCCAGAGGUGAGUACGAGAAGAGGCCCAAGUCGUCGUACGUGAUGCAGACCAGCCCCACGCCGGCCGUCAGACAGCGCUCCAGGUCGGGGUCCGGCCUCCAGGAGCCCAACGUGCCCUACGGGGCCAGCGGGGCCUUUAAGAGUCCCCCUCAGGCACACCCCUACAGCUCCUACACCUACCCACGCCUUUCAGAGACUCUCAACAACUCACAGGCCAUGGCCAAGGGUGAUUACGACCAGUCGUCUCGAGACGGGAGUCCCCAGGUCCCAGGGUCUGACACAUACCCCCGCGGGCCCCUCAAACUACCUCAAAGCCACAGUAAGCCCUCUGGCUACCCCCCUGGACUCCAGUACCCCCCUGUGUUCCACCACUACAAACCCUCCCCCUACCAUCACCCACCAUCACAGCCCAGCCCGCCAUACACUCCACAGGGGGCAUACUCCCAGCCAUCGUCCCCCUACAUCCCACCGGGGGCCUACCCCCCUCCUUCCUGGGGCUCCAGUUCAGACACCCAGCCCUCCAGGGUCUCCCACGAACAGUUCAGGGCUGCCCUGCAGCUCGUCGUCAACCCAGGUGACCCCAGAGAGUACCUGGAGAGUUUCAUAAAGAUUGGCGAGGGCUCGACGGGCAUCGUGUGCAUCGCCAGCGAGAAACAUAGUGGCAAGCAGGUAGCCGUCAAGAAAAUGGACUUGAGGAAACAGCAGAGGAGAGAACUGCUCUUCAACGAGGUGGUGAUCAUGAGGGACUAUCACCAUGAGAACGUGGUUGACAUGUACAACAGCUACCUUGUUGGAGACGAGCUCUGGGUCGUUAUGGAGUUCCUGGAGGGCGGGGCCCUGACAGACAUUGUCACUCACACGAGGAUGAAUGAGGAGCAGAUAGCCACAGUGUGUGUGUCCGUGUUGAGGGCUCUGUCCUACCUCCACACACAGGGAGUCAUCCACAGAGACAUCAAGAGUGAUUCUAUCCUCCUCACCAGCGAUGGACGGAUCAAGCUGUCAGACUUUGGCUUCUGCGCCCAAGUGUCCAAAGAGGUACCCAAGAGGAAGUCUCUGGUGGGCACACCCUACUGGAUGGCACCGGAGGUCAUCUCACGGUUACCCUACGGCACGGAGGUGGAUAUCUGGUCGUUGGGCAUCAUGGUGAUAGAGAUGAUAGAUGGGGAACCCCCAUACUUUAACGAACCCCCUCUACAGGCCAUGAGGAGGAUACGAGACAACCUGCCCCCACGGCUAAAGGAGUCACACAAGGUAUCAUCGGUUCUGAGGGCCUUCCUGGACCUGAUGUUGGUUAGAGAGCCGUCUCAGCGAGCCACAGCCCAGGAGCUGCUCCAGCACUCCUUCCUCAAGCUCUCGGGCCCCCCCUCUUGCAUCGUCCCCCUAAUGAGGCACUACCGCCACCGCUGACCUGACCUCCCGCCACCAGGGCGGCACCACACACCCUGCCAAACAAACACCCACCUAACCUGAGAGACUACGCCACUAAAACAAACACUCACACCUGUAACCAAGAAGUAGUUUAGCUAGAGGAAUUAUUUACAAAGAAAAGAUUAAAGAAAAACGUGAUAUCUUCUAUUUUGAAAAAUACUAUAUAAAGUUCAACACUGGAGUAUAGGGGACUGUACUGUAGGAGUAUCUUCUUCAGUCUUCUGUGGCAGGCUUGUUGCUUAUCCAGGUGCCAAAUGCUAACAAAUGAUAGCCUCUUGGUUCGUACUCUUUGGCUUCACUAGGCUGUUAGACCAGCAGAGAUCUGUAGGGUGGGUCAUCCCAGUGCAGUUUCCUCUCUUACUAGGCUGUCCGUGAGUCCUGUAGAGUUAUACUGUAGUAGCCAUCGACUAGAGCGUAGACGGUGUGCAGUGAUCAGCUGACACUGCCUGGCUGGCAGCCGUGUUGAGGGACCUAUGAGACAUGCCCACCGCCCCAGACAUGAGCAGUAGAUCUCAGAGCAGUCAGGAAGCAGCAUUUGGUGUUGACGAGCAUUUGGUGAUGUCUGAGUGGGAGCAGUGUGGGUGUGUCUUAGUCUGGCUAGAAGACAGGCUGUUCUCCUAUUGGUGGAAUAAAACAUCGCUCUCUUCACUUCUCUCUUCUCACACUAACAGUGAAAAUGUAUUUUAGAGAAAUAUGUACGUUUUUCUGUACAGUUUUGAUAAUUUGCAGUAUUUUAUUGUGUCGUGACCAUUGUGUAAUGGACAGUAUUACAUAGAAUUCAGAGUUUCUGCGAAGAUCUUUCCUACUGUUUAUAAUAAUAAUCCAUUUUUUCAUUAAGAAUUUAAGAGAUAUCCCAAAUAAACAAACACCUAACUGUUACAAAAAUGAACCUGAAUAUAUUUAUUAUCCCACAUUUAUAGACAGAACCUCCAUUGAGUGUGGAAAAAAGGGUAAUGCCAGAAUUUUGUAUGCUGUUUUAAAGUAUUUAUUAAUUCUUUUGAAUUGAAGGUUUAUUUUUUGGUAAUGUGGCCUUUCUUUUUGUUUUGCAUUUAUAAAUAUCAACAGCCAGACAAACAGUGAUAUUGGUUAUAUCAUACAAGCAAUACCCCGAACAUAUCCAUCAUCACCCAUGUAUUAAUCUUUAUAAAAUUGUAACUUUACAAAUCCCACGUAGCACUGUUUGAGUGGAUUGGAUGAGAGAAGAUAUCAGUUUAUUUGAAAAAUAUACAUUUUUCUUUACCCAUCAUCACACUCCUAUAAAUUCAAUGGACACUCAUACAAGACUCCUAUAGCAAUAUCUGAGCUUCUCAGUCUGACUCACACACAGUGAUAAAAGGUCUGAUUUUCUACUCUCACACAUCCUGGCUGUCAUCUGUUCCUUGUCCUACACACACACACACACACACACACAACAAACGCACACACACACACACACAAACUGGGACUGUGCUGCGAUCUGAUUAUCAGUUCUAAUUGGAAAGUGUAACCCCAUUUCGUUUUUAACCCAUCAUUCACUGUGAUAUGUAAAUAUGAACGUGUGUGUAAGCAUGUGUAUGCGUGAAUGUGUGUGUGUGUGUGUGUGUGUGUGUGUGUGUGUGUGUGUGUGUGCGUUUGUGUAUGUGAGCUGGCUUAUCUUUGACGAAUGUUUCGGGACUUGAAUGAGUACUACUAUCCAUGGUGUUGCUUGUACAGUGAUAUUGCAUGUUUGUUAUCAGUGAAGCUGGUUUCAAUUAAAAAAAGCCCAUUAAAACAUU